GAUUAUUAAAACCUGACAUGUCAUUCACCAUCGGUCGCAUUUGAAAAUAAAUCUUCGAGAUCUUUUAGCUAUGCAUUUAAAGAGUUUUUCCCUAAAAAAUUCGGUUUUAUCAGUGGCAAUAUUUCUCUGCUUCGUCCGGCAAUCGCAUGAAUUGUAUGAGGAUCAAAUCGGAAAAUUUGAUUGGAAGCAGGAUUUUGUCGGAAAGGUGAAAAAUGCCUUCUUUGACGGCGACCGGAUAAUUGUAGCUACCGAACAGAAUGUAUUAGCCGCACUGAGCGUCCGAACGGGAAGCAUCCAAUGGCGUAAAGUGUUGGAGAAAGACACUCGUGGCAGCAUCCAGUAUUUGCAUGUCGUGCAGACGAACAAAAAUGAGCUGACACGUUCCGGUGAAUACAGUGACUAUGAUGUAAUUACGGUUAGCGGAAUCAAUCCGGCUAUGGUACGCGGUUGGAAUCCCAGCACCGGUAACAUCAACUGGGAAUGGUCGCUGACACCGAAUACGCCAGUGAACGGAGAGAAUUCGUUGUGGUUCUAUCAGGAUUCCAUUCUUUAUCACGUCGUACCAGUGUAUGGAUCUCAUAUUGAAAUCACCGGAUAUUAUGCAAGUUCCGGUCAGCAUGUCAAAUCCACCACAACCAGAAUAUCCGCUCCGUGGAUUGUGCAGGGCAAGUGUAUUAUGGCAGUUCCGUAUUUCGCUUGUGCUAUUGGUUCGCAGCUCGUCGGCGUUAACCUUUUGGCAGAGAGCAGUGUACUGGUAGCGAGAGAUUUCGAUCGAGACGUCAGUGGCAGUCCAUUGAAAUUGCUAAAGGGUGUGGAUGCAACUGUUAUUAUUGGCAACGAGGCGUAUACUCUGCAAGCUGACAAGGUGGUUCUCAAAUCGACGACGGAUGCGUUUAACUUUAAUCUGAAAAUUAGCAAUGAAAACAUACUCCUGUCCGGUGCUCUACAGGAUGACAAGUCCAUUCGCAUGCAAUCCACCUACUUGGACAGUGGGAAAGCAUACAACGAUUUGUACAUGGUGGCCAAUUUCCCGGAAACGUUUGGAUUGCCAGAAAUAUUGGACGUUCAAUGCAAAAGCAAAGGCAGUGGUCCAGUUGCAUGCCGAAUGCUUCUAUCGUCGGACAAUGCUGCUUUGAUUCUCAUGCAACAAGGAAAGACGAAAUGGGUGCGAGAAGAGGCUCUAGCGAACAUUGUGGCUAUCGAAAUGAUUGAUCUACCGCUCGCUGAUUUCGAAGGAUCGAUUGAGAGUGAAUUGCAAAACAAAGAUGAGGAAAGUUACGUCAAUUGGGAUAUAUUCGGCACACUACUCAGACGAAUUUCCAACCAAAUUCUCCAAAUCCGAAACCUAAUCCUGACAGUGGUUGGCCUGGAUGCACAUCGACCGGAUCUAGCUACGGAUGUUGAUUUGACGCGCGAUGCUUUCGGAUUACAUAAAAUGAUUGUGGCCGUAACCGAAUAUGGAAAGAUAUUUGGCAUUGACAACAUGUCGGGAAAGUAUCACUGGAUCAAACAUUUACCGAAUUUCAGUGGAUUUAAUGAGCACCAAAGUUUAAAAAUUUUUGUCCAACGAACGUCCAGACAUUUUCCCCAUCCACCAAUGUGUUCUGUAAUCGGUAAAAAUAAGAACAACGGCAACGGCAUUUUGUAUCAAUUCAAUCCAAUUUCCGGUCAAUCAAUCAAUGGAGGCAUAACCACAUUGGACUACAAAAUUCAGCAGGUGUCACUCCUCCACGAUACGGAAAGUGAUUUCCUGAAAGCCAUUCUGAUAUUGGAUCAACAGAAUCAAGUCCAUGUGAUACCGAAAGAGUCGGCCAAUCUUGCACAUAAAAUGUAUCUGUACACAGCCGAUAAGACGAAAGGAACGUUGUCGGGAUUCUUCAUCAACUACGCCAAUAAGCAACUGGACGCGAUACCGAUAUGGGAGAUAAAUUUGGGCGGAGCUGGAAAUAUACAGAAAAUUACCAACAUUGCCAUGAAAAGUUCCAUCGAACAUGUUCAUUCGCAGGGUCGUGUACUCAACGAUCGAUCGGUUCUGUACAAAUACAUUAAUCCGAAUUUGGUGGCUGUUGCUACCCAAGGACCCGAUUCCAUUCAUAAAUAUGUAUUGAACAUCCAUUUAGUUGAUGUUGUGUCCGGUGCCGUUGUACAAUCGUUAACGCAUCGUCGAGCUAAAGGUCCCAUUCACAUGGUGCACUCGGAAAACUGGCUCGUUUACUCCUAUUACAACGAUAAAGUGCGUCGUACCGAAAUCACUUCCGUUGAACUGUACGAAGGAAAGACCCAAGCGAACAGUACCAUCUGGAGUUCAUUGGACGCUCCACAAAUGCCAAUGGUCGAGAAGCAAUCGUACAUCGUGCCAGCAAGUGUUGUUUCACUGAAAGAAACAAUCACCGAGAAGGGCAUCACCAACAAGCACGUAUUAAUUGCACUGUCCAAUGGUGGAAUAAUUGAAAUGCCGUGGGUGUUGCUGGACCCACGACGGCCGAUAUUAUUGCCGAAUCAAGGACGCGAAGAAGGUGUCAUUCCAUACAUUCCAGAACUACCUCUACCCAGCGAAAAUGUGAUUAAUUAUAACCAAUCUGUAACAGCUGUUAAAGGCAUUUAUACCGCUCCAAGCGGACUUGAGAGCACCUGUCUGGUUGUUGUCUACGGUUUAGACUUCUUUGUGACACGAAUCGCUCCAUCGAAGAGUUUUGAUCUCCUAAAAGAGGACUUUGACUACAUUCUAAUCACUGUGGUGCUGGCCGCUCUGACCAUUUCGUCUUGUGUCGCCAAACACUUAUCAUCACGGAAAACGAUUAAACAAGCGUGGAAAUAGACAGUCGUACAGUGCGCGGCAACAUUUCUCUUUUGUUUUUCUUUUGUUCAUUUUGAAAAUUAGGAAUUUUGUUUGUGACUCUUCGUUAUUUAAUUAGUAUCCAAAGGCUAGUAUAAGUAUUUAAAUUCUGCGCCGUAGAGAUAAUAAUUCUUAAAUUUAACAUUCAGUGCCACCCAACCCCCAUUCUGGUAGUGGUUUAUAGUGGAGUUAAUUGACAAUUAUUUUUUGUUUGUUUGAUUCCGUUUAAAACUUCAUUUUUAGUGCAAUUUAACUUGAUUCCAAUAAAAUAUAUUUAUCGAUCCCUACGACCUUCUCACCGUAAUUUGCAUAGAACUCCCACUCCCACUUAAUGAUAAACAUCCAGCAAUUUUUGUAUAUUUCGUAUCAAUCGACGGUACGAAUAAAAAUCAAUAAAAACGGAAAAUUUGUUAUAAAGCGAA